AUGGCCACCACCUCAGAGGCCAUCAAGAGCCAGUUGACUGCAACGGGACUGUGGCUGCCUCUGCGCUUUGAAGCGGUUUCGGGCUUGCUGCGACGCGUCGUGCUUGCCUCGGGGGUGACUUGCACCUUCACCGACAAGGUCAUGCAGGCGUUGCUCGAAACAGGGCACCUGCGUGCAGACUUGGAGGACUUGGACCUAGGCGAGGGUUGCAUGAGCAUGGAGUAUGCGGCUCUUCUUGCGAACCUCCUGUGCUGCGAGACCUCCUCGACAAACCUGAAGGCCUGCGUUUGCAGGCUCAUCAUCGCCGAUGAGGACAUCGGCCAAAACGGCCAGGCGACCGUCCUGGCGGAUGGGCUCAUGCAGCUGCUCUGGGGAGGCGCGCCCUUCCUGGUGACCUACGCCUGUGCUGCGUUGGUGAACCUCUGCCAGGGCCACGAAGUUGUUCGAAGUCAUCUCAUUCACGACGACAUCAUCCCGCUCUGCAAGCAUAACAUAAGGACGUAUGAUAACGACCUGGUGCUGUACUCGCUCAUGGUUCUGGUUCAGUUGACGAAGAGGUCCAAUCAUCGGGCGUCCGUGGAGAAGUACGGGCUUCUGGAGUUCUGCACCGGCCUGCUGCACUCGCUCCACGCCCAAGCAGAGACGAGGUGGCGGGUGCUGGCCGAGCUCUGCAACAUCAUGGGCCAGCUCUUUGCCGACGAGGCGUCCAGGGAGGCUGCAGCGGCACCCGGGAGUCAGGUGUUCGAUUUCCUGAUGACUCUCAUGGAGGCUUCCGUCUCCCAAGGUGUGUCGCCGCUGCCUGACUGGAGCAUCAAACUUCAGAGCAAGGUGCUGCUCGCUUUGCGCUCUGUUUGCCAAGUGUCGGCAUCGCGCAGAGAGCAGGUCUGCGACCAUGCGAGCAAGCCGCUGCCGAAGCUCAUGCAGGCGCUCAAGAACCAGGCGAACCUGGAGCAUGCGGAUUGGAUGAACCAGGCGGUGCUGCUCUGCUCAUCACUGAGCACGACUAGGGAGCACCUCGUGGACCUGAAGGAGGCUGGCUGGGAGCAGGCCUAUCCGGUGAUGAGUACUUGCCAGACUGCGGCCGAGCGCGACCUCCUCCGAGAGAGGAUGAUGGUCAUCAGCAAUGCGAUUGCCGCACUUGCCGGUCAAAGCAAGUAG